UGGCGUUCCAGGGUUUGAGGUAUUCAAUUGUUGUAUAUAAUACAUAUGAGGCUCAAGGGAUCAGCAGACAAACAAACAAAACCCUAGUUGCAGGUUGAAAUAAUGACGAUGAUCUCCGAUCUUCCAAUAAGUUUGGUAGAGGAGAUUCUAUCUAGGGUUCCUCUGAAAAAUAUGGGAGCAGUGCGGUUAACUUGCAAAGAGUGGGACGCUUUAUCCAAGAGUCGAAGCUUUUCAAAGAUGCAUAUUGGUAAACUAAGCGCAGCAGAUGAGUCUAUGAUUGUCGUCUUGAUGGAUUACAAUCUAUAUCUCAUGAGGGUCGUUCAAGCCGUCAAUGAAGAUCCAUUUAUAGAGCGUAUAGGUAAACUUAACAAACAAAAUAAGAUAUCUAAAGUUUUUCACUGUGGCGGUUUAUUGUUAUGCGACUUGAGAGAAGACAAGACCAGGGUUAUUGUUUGCAAUCCGUAUUGGGGACAAACAAGGUCGAUAGAAUUAUCUAGAUAUUCUUACUUCACAUGGAGAUUUGACACGUUCAGACACGCUCUAGGAUACGAGGACAAGGGUUCUUAUCGUAGCUACAAAUUGUUGAUCAGGUUUACAGAUCAGUAUUAUUAUACACCCACAAACGAGUGUUCACUGUAUCGGAUUUACGAUUUCGACUCUAGUUUAUGGAAGACUCUUGAUAUCACUACACUCUGGAGUAUACGGUAUCAUCAUCAUGGCGUGUCUGUCAAGGGAAACACUUACUGGCCUGCUUCACUAAUAAAUAGCCCAACCGAAGAUUACAUAAUCAGUUUCGAUUUCACAAGUGAGAGUUUUGGUCCGCUUCUGCGUCUGCCGUUUGACCCUAUGUAUAGUGAAAAUGUGACUUUAUCAUGUGUUAGAGAAGAGAAGCUUGCGGUUUUAUUUAGGAAUGCCGAAGUUGGUGAGUUUGAGAUAUGGAUUAGUACUAAGAUUGAGGCCAAAGAGGUGUUGUGGAGCAAGUUCUUGUCAGUGGAAAUGGAAACGGGAUCUUUCUCUCUGACUAGAAAUAAUAGUUUCUUCAUUGACGAAGAGAAGAAAGUUGCGAUGGGUAACUGCAAAACAUUCAAAAUCGUUGGAGAGGCUGGAUACUUAAAAAAAAUGGAACUCGUAGAACGUGCAGGCAGAGACGGAAACUUGUAUAUGGAAAAUGCAUGUUCUUAUGUUCCUAGUCUAGUGCAAAUAAAGCAACCUGCUUCAGGACGUAAAAGGUAACAACAAAACAUGUCGAGACUUGUCUCACUUGAAAAACCGUAGCUGGGUCUGGUAAUCUGCAGGAGGGAAGGCAAGCGAGAAAUAAUUAUGUGAUGAUUAGUCGUUUAGUAUCACAUUUCUGGUUUCAUCUUUGACUCUUUGUCCUACAUUUAUUUCUUUUGAUGCAACGUGUCUCUCUUAAUAUUAUAAAAUGUUUUUUUUAUUA